AUGUCAGACGUCGCAGGAUUAGAGAAUGAUAUCAAGGAGUAUAAACUGCAGCUAGAGACUGUCCAGUUGGGGCUACAAGCAGAUCCUGAUAAUGUAGAGCUUCAGACACUACAGGCUGAACUCGAAGAAGUCAUUUCCCUCACCGAAUCCACGAUCGCAGAACUAAAGCCAGCUCCAGCACCUGUAGCCCAAGCAAAGAAACCCUCAGAGCCGCCAAUAAAAGAAAAGUGGUCACGAGAAAACCACCCUGCUUUCAAGAAAGCAGUGCCUCCUCCACCCGAAGAGCCCGAAGUUGUAACGUCUUUUUCGGUCAACGAUAUGGUAUUGGCGAAAUGGCAUUCAGGCGACAAAGGAUUUUAUCCAGCUCGAAUCACAUCUAUAACCGGCUCUUCUACAUCUCCUGUUUACAUUGUCAAGUUCAAGAACUACGACACCACAGAGACUCUGCGAGCCAAGGAUAUUAAACCCAUAGUUAACCCAAACAAGCGUAAAGCUGAUGGUACACCAGUCGUAGCUUCGGUCCCUACCCCUCCAUCGACAUCGAACGUUAUUUCGGCAGCUGCCGAUAUCGAUCCAGAACUCGCGCAACAGUCUAAGCGCGAACCAAGUAAAGUUAGUGAUGGACCCACGAGACCGGCCAAAGUCCCAAAGAAGAUCAAGGCAAAGAAAGAAUUAGACGACGGUAAGAAGAAAUGGCAGGACUUCGCUGCGAAAGGAAAGUUCGGAAAGGCAGGAAAGAAGGACAGUAUGUUUCGUACCCCUGACGGGGUAAAUGGCAGAGUCGGAUUUACCGGAUCGGGACAAAGCAUGCGGAAGGAUCCAACGAGAAGUCGUCAUAUAUAUCAAACCAAUGGUGACGAGGAGGGGUUCGCGUAA